AUGUCCUAUCUUCCGCCAGAUUUGGUUGACGAAAUAUUUUGUAGGCUUCCGGUGACAUCUGUGAAAAGGUUACGAUCUACUUGCAAACGAUGGAACGCUAUAUUUGAAGAUGAAAGAUUCACUGAGAAGCACUUUAGUAAAGCACCAAAGGAGUAUAUGGUUCUCAUAUUGAAGGGGUAUAGGGUUUGUCCAGAUGGUAGACUCGUGGCUUGGAAUCCGUGGGGAGAAACCAGGUGGAUCCAACCCAAAACUUAUUACGAGAGAGAAGACUCUAAGUUUGCUCUAGGAUACCGCAACAACAAAUCUUGCCGUGACUACAAAAUCUUGAGGUGUUGUAAUUUUAAAGAUUACAAAACACAGAACCGAGUUAUUGAGUUUGAAAUCUUUGAUUUCAGCUCUAAUUCAUGGAGGGUUCUUAAUGACCAAAAUACUUACUGGAUUGCUGUAUAUGAAACAGAUAUUUGCUUGAUAUGUUUUGAUUUUAUAACAGAGAAGUUUAAACAUCUAUGUGUUCCGUUGUUUCAAAAUCUUGGUAUUAUUGUUCUAUCAGUUGUUAGAGAAGAACAGCUCUCACUUUUACAUCGGAGCUCUCAUCAUAGACCAAAGAUGGAGAUAUGGGUAACCAAUAAAAGUGAUGAUGAGGCUGCUUUGGUGUGGAGCAAAUCCUUCACAGUGGAUUUACCCAUUGGCAAUGGAAUCAAGGUUGAUGAGGAGAAAGUCAAGGCAAUCAAAGAUCGGCCAAGUCCUACAAAUGUGAGCGAGGUGAGGAGUUUUCACGGCGUAGCAGGAUUCUACCGACGGUUUGUCAAGGAUUUCAGCACCAUUGCCGCACCGCUUACGAAGGUCAUCAAGAAGGACGUUGGUUUCAAAUGGGAAGCUGCACAGGAAAAUGCCUUCCAGGCCUUGAAAGAAAAGCUUACUAAUUCCCCUGGAUAG